GGGAAUUCUAGAUAGCUGAGAUUUAUGGCCUCCCGGCGGCUUCGGAGUUGGCGGCGGCGAGGAACUAGUGGCUGGGCUACGCGCCGAACCUCCGCGUUGCGGUGGAGCAUGGUGACUGGGGUGUCGGGGAGAGGCACCGGUCUCUUCUCCGCUACCGCCUCCGUCAAUAUAUCUUCGUCUCCACAUUGCUCCUCGUUGACAUGUAAUGGAUUGCAAGCUUCUAUGUUUUGUGACAUCGGUAAUGGUCAGACAAGCACUGGUGCCUGGUUCUCAUGGAAUGAGAUCAACCCGUACGACGGGAUCCUGAACCUCAAACCACCCGACUUCACCACCCUCCUAACCAUCAUGAAUGGUGAAGGAUAUUGGUCUGAGGUUGCGGCGCGCCAUGGCAGCAUCGCUCACCUCCAGGAUGCUGCAUUUGCCCCACUAUUGCACUUCAUGAACAACCUCGAGCCGCAUAAUGCCGAAGACAACCCCUACAACGAGCUCAAUGUGUUGCUCAAGGAAGAUGUCGGUGAGAAGAAUGGUAGAGAUGCAUGUGCCACCGAUGAGGAUUUGGCUAUGGAAUUUCUUGUGGAUGAUUCUGAAUGAUUGUGUCUAGGUUAUUUAUAUAUUGUACCAAAACUUUGAAUUUUAUUCAGAUUAGUGUGUUAUAUGUGGUUAAUAUCCCCAUGUUUUGGGCAGAGAGGUUAUGAUUUUUUUUCUAAUUUUAUGAGACGAGAGUGUUGUAUUUGCAGUAAUUUUUCUUAUGUAUAUUUGAUUUUGG